AGAAUAAAUUUUUUUGAAUAUUUUUUUUAUUUCGAGUUUUCAAACGACUUCUUCUCUCCGAGAAGCAUUGUCACAAUUUUCCGGUGACCAAAAGCCGAGAUUGCAUCAGCAGGAAUCUGUAAUGGACGAUUAUACUAGAGAGAUGAUGGAUCUCAAGACUUUGGUCACUCGAACCCUUGAGAAGAAAGGUGUUCUCGCUAAGAUCCGGGCUGAGCUCCGUGCGAGUGUGUUUGAGGCAAUAGAAGAAGAGGAUCGAGUGAUCGAGAACAACGAAGGGCUUCCUCCAGCUUUGUUGGGAAGCUGCAAUGAUCGUGCAAGGCAGCUUCAUGCUUCUCCUAAAGGCAGGUUGCUAUCUGCAUUGAUUUGUGAAUACUUGGACUGGGCGCAACUAAAUCAUACGCUCAAAGUUUAUCAACCAGAAUGCAAUUUGCCAAAAGAUUCUUGGAAGUCUGAGAUACGCGACUUUAGUAGCAACAAUGGCUAUGAGCUCAACAGAAGUGGAGAUAGUGGCCCACUCCUUCUGGAUGUUCUUGAAGGGUUCGAGAACAUAACACAGGCCAUGGGUGGUAGUUCAAGGAGGGAGUCAGAAAACGAGUCCUCAUCAAGCCAUGAGUCCAGAAAUCCUCCUCGCAGAUCAUCUGCUUCUGAUAGCUUACCUCCUCAACGAAGGUCUAUUUCUGCAUCUCAAGCAUCAGACCGAAGAGAAGGCGAACAAAGUUGGAGAUAUGACAGUGAAGAUGCGAAGGAAGAUGUAAUGGAAGCUUCAGAGGCGCUGGAAAAUCUGCAACUCGACAGGAAAAACUCAGAACCUAACAUCAACGUGGAGGAAUGGAACAAGUGAAGAAGUAGAAGAAGAAGGAAAAGAUGGAUAAAAGGCUUUUGAUGUGAAUUAGUACGUUGAUAAUAUUUAUAUAUGUAUGACUGUGUGUGUUUCUUUAUUUAUUAUUGUUUUAAAAUGUUGCAACUGGUGUUUCCUAGCCUUUUUGUUUGUUUGUUUGUCUUGCAAAAGAAGUUGAUUGA